AUGGCCAGCAGUUCGGCCUCUGCCAGCUCUGGACAAUUUCACACAGGACACGAACACCCAUCCAUCGACUACUCAAUCACAACAUUCGAAAGUGAACUUGGGAAAUUCUGCUGGGAAGUCAAAGAUCUAGAUGGUCAUUUGAUCUUCAAAUCGUUCAAAGAACUAACUCAUGAUGAAAUUGUCGAGGGAAUACAAGAUUCAUCAGGCGAAACUCUAUGGACAAUACACAGACCGAUCAGAGGAUGGUAUCUGGUCUUACGAUCCCCAAUGGAUUCGAAUCCCCAGAACUUCAUACCCCUCCAACCGAAAAAUGUGACGAAAGGCAAGAAUAAAAGAGUUGAAUUCACGUUCCGGUUGCCAACAUCAUCAUCCGAGACGACACCUGAGAAUCCGGUUGCAAAUGGACAUCUGAGGAAAGAUAGCAUCGAUUCACAAAUCAAACGCCGGAACCUAUCGGCUUCAAGCUCACCUCAGUCCCCAAAUCGGUUGAAACCUAGUCAGGACCCGCACCCACAGAGUCCAGUAACAGAUGAUUUGAUAUAUUUACAACUUACUGAAGAAAAUUCGAGAGAUCAAACGCUAUUCAAAUCAUUUACAAACUUGUUCACAAACAACAAUCAGAAGUUUCAAUGCUUUGCUAAACCGUCGCCCGCUACCAGUCAACUGUUUGACAUCAAUGAUCCAAUAGCAAAUGACGAUCGCUCGAUAUUGCUUGAUUACAAAGAUCAGAACUCAGUCUUUGGAAUCCAUAACAAUGGAAUCCUGAAGAUCCGAUUUAAAAAUUCACUGAAUUUUAAGCUGGUCGAAGGCACUGACGAAGUCAAUCAGCAAGAAUUCCAUUGCGCUUUUUGGGUAGCUGUUUGCAUUGCCUAUCUGGGAUUUCGAGCGGAUCAAGAUGCCUAUAUAGCUGCAAAUGAGGAUAAUUGA